CAUCUAGAUUUUUGGGUUUGGAGUAUUAAUUUUGCUGUCAAAGAUGAUAAUAUCAUGCAGAUGAUUCUGAUCUGUUCGGUCUGAGCUGUUUUGGUGAAUUUUUCAUUGCAAUUUUAGGUUAUCUUUUGUGAAUUUUUGUUUGGGUUGAGAUUUUGAGUUGAAUGAUUGGUUAGGGUAUUCCUAACUUAGGUGGAGCAAUUUUUAUUAAUUAUUGAAUUAUUCAGCUCAUAGCAAGGUUUCAGCAUCAGUAUAGGAUGGUAGUCCGAGAUGAAAUUUAUUUUGGGAGGAGAAGGAAUAUUUUGACUGUCAGUUUUAAAAUCAGUAUAACAUCAAUUGUUGAAGUUCUGCUUGUGUUAUCUUGGUUUUUCUUCUUCUUUAUUUUUAUACUUUUCGAUGAAUCAAUCAACUUUAGGACUUUUAGUGGCACCUGGUAAUCUUAAUUCUCAUCUACUUUUGCUGUAACAACACAAUUCCAGUCUAUCCUCCUCCUUAUCCUCAUCUUCUUUUUAGCAAUGCCUCGUCAAAGAUUUAGUAUAGAUUUCCUCCAACACUAAUCUAUGGACUUGCUCUUUUGAAACCCACGAGAUUAUUUUUGUACAUCAAGUUUAAUUGUGGUGCUUUUUGCUGUUUUGAAAAAUUUUCAGUCAUAAUAAUCAAUUUCUUAUUAUCUUUUCAUCUUUCCUAGUAUGAGUGGAUAUACUAUUUUUUAUCUUCCCAUUUUAAUGAUUUUUUUUAAAAGAGCCCUACCUGAAUGGCGUGGUUGCUUCUUGCCGUGCUCAAAUAUUUAUGGUUCUCCUACUGAUACGUGUUCUACAUAAUAUUUAUUUGAAUGCUCGUCAUAAAACUUAUGUUUCAAAGGUUUUAGGACAGAGUUUAAUUGGAAGAUCAUGCAUGUCGUAGAAGCCAAAUUUUAAAAAAAUAAGUAGCUUCCAUUUUGGCUCAGAGUACUAAAUAUGUACAAGCUUUGUAGUGGAAUAAUAUUAUCAUCACGGUUUUUUAAUUGCUUGGAGGUAUCUAAAAUUUUUCUGCAUGUCAUGGUUGUAUUAUGUGUUAUUGGAAAACCAGUAUUCGUCUUUUUGAUACCCUUCUGACAUGUAAAUUUGUUUUAAACUGGAAUUGCAUUAUUUUCUAACCCUAUAGCUUUAUUUUUGUUGUCCUUUUCCUCUAUAUUACUUUACAGUCUGGCAGCUUGCUUCUCGACACUUCCUGGGUUUUCCAAGUUCUUCGCAUGGCUUUCUUCACAAGUCCGGUGACUGUAUAGGGUGUGCUCUGGAUUUGUGACACACUUUUUGAUUUGAAGUUGGAUUUAGGUCUUAGUGUAGCCAGUAAAAAUGGAAGACAAGAUCGCAAAGGUAUUGGGUAGCCAGAGAGUCGCACUUGCCUUAAAAAGGAAACGAUCAGCACAGUUUGGUGCAUAUUCACCCGACCCAGUCUGCAUGGCACAGCGGCCUACCAUGACUCCAUUAGAUAGGGUGGAAAAGAGACGGAAGCUAGGUGGAUGUAGUGGAGUACUUGCAAACUCUGAAACUCGUUUUAGACACUUGUACGGAGGUUAUUCAAAUUUUAUGAAAAGUGGGACACCGAAACACAUAAUGUUAUAUGAAAAUGAUGAGUGGAUUAAAUUUCCCCGUGAUCUUCUUGAUUUGGUUGUGGAUGAUCUACAAGUAAAGAAAGCAUCCCUGGAAAUUAAGUUUAAUGGACAGCACUGUGUGCUAGAUUUUUUGCAUAUGUUUUUCUUGGACUUAAAUACAGGGUUGCAACAACCUCUUGCAUGGAUUGAUGCAGCAGGGCGCUGCUUCUUUCCUGAGAUUUAUGGUGCAGAUACAAGUGAAUGCUGCCAUUCCAAUAAUUUUGAAAAUAAAGAACCACAGGUUGAAGAAGCUCAUGAGUCUGACGUAAUCAAGUUGCAGUUGGAAAUUGAAAUAAGUGGAAUUGCCCAAUCGAGUUUGAAGGUGUGUAGUGGGGAGUCAAAUGAUUACAUCAAGGGGUCCCAAACUGAUGAAGAACUUGCUUAUGACCGUGGUAUUGAAGAAAUUGAGGAUAGUUGUGGUAGAAUACCUAUUGAAAAAGCGUAUGACGUUGUACCUGAACAUAAAGAGUUGGAUGAGAACCUCAUCUCUGGGAUUCAAGAACUUAAAGAGCUGAAUGUGAACCUCAUUUCUGGGAUUAAAUUUUCGAACGGAAGAUUGGAUACAAGUACAGUGGAAAAGAUAUUUCGUGAUAGGAUGAUGAGAUCUGAUGAUAGGAUAGAGAUACUUAAUAUAAAACACUGCAAUGACUCUAUAAUGCAAUCUCAAUUAGAGCUUUUCAAUAAGCAAAUAGAAAUGACCAAACUGUACAGAGGGGAUGCAAAUGUUCGUUUUGCUUGGCUUGCUGUUUCUGAAACAGAAUUAUCUAACUUGAUGAUGCAUGGAAUUGGGCAUUCUGCAGUUUCAAUCAAAUCUAUGUAUGGCACAGGUGUUCACCUCACAGCCGUCAAUUGCUCAAAUGUCAGUGCAAGUCAUUGCAAUAUUGAUGACAACGGGGUGCAGUAUCUGGUAUUUUGCCGUGUAAUAUUGGGAAACAUGGAACUUCUUCGCUCUGGAAGCAGACAAUUCUAUCCAAGUAGCAAGGAUUUUGACAGCGGAGUGGACAACCUUACAAAACCAACAUAUUACGUUAUAUGGAGAAUGAAUAUGAACACCCACAUCUAUCCAGAAUCUGUUGUUAGCUUUAAGGUUGCUCCCAAUCCCAAAGUUGAAAGCCAUACUAACGAUGUUUUGGGGAUCACUGCAUCUCGUCAAGGGUCUCCCAACCAAAUACAGUUGGAGUCUUCUGUAGUUAAUGCGGUUUGCGAUGGUCAACCUUCAGAUAUUUGUAGAUCUAACGAAAGAGCAGUUAGUGUGGGUUCCAACUCUGUAAAAACACCCAAGUCUCCAUGGAUGUCUUUCUCCAUGUUGUUUGCUGCCAUCUCUAAUAAGGUCCCUUCUAAAGAUAUGGAGCUUAUCAAUAUGCAAUACGAACAAUUCAGGGCUAAGAAGAUGAAUCGUGAUGAUUUUGUAAAACUGCUGAGACUGACAGUUGGAGAUUCUUUGUUGUGGACUACAAUAUCAAGUCUUUGCAAGGUGCCACCGAGAUCAUCCAGCUCAUAACGAAAGGAUUUGAACAAAUGAGGAUUGAAAGUGAUUUUAACGGUAACGGUUAUGUGAUGCUUUUGGUUAGAAUGCGUCGACUUAAAAUUGUGAAUAUGCUCAUCAUUUCUCAAGACCUUAUGAUUUUUUGUUUUGGACUCUUGAAAUGUACUUUAUUGUGGUUUAUUUACUUCAAAUAUUAUGUUUCUAAGUUUAUAUUUAUGUGUAAAAGGCUUUCGAUUAUUGAA